GACAGUGCUGGGGGAGUCUGAAGAUGGCGGCGUCGCGUCGCUCUCAGCAUCAUCACCACCAUCAUCAACAACAGCUCCAGCCCGCCCCAGGGGCUUCGGCGCCGCCGCCGCCACCUCCCCCCCCACUCAGCCCCGGCCUGGCCCCGGGGACCACCCCAGCCUCCCCUACGGUGGGUGGCCUGGCCCCCUUCGCCUCCCCGCGGCACGGCCUAGCGCUGCCGGAGGGGGAUGGCAGUCGGGAUCCGCCCGACAGGCCCCGAUCCCCGGACCCGGUUGACAGUACCAGCUGUUGCAGUACCACGAGCACAGUUUGUACCGUCGCCGCAGCUCCCGUGGUCCCGGCUCUUCCUGCCUCAUCUGCCGUCGGGGUCGCUCCCAGCCCAGCCGGCGGUGGCAGUAACAAUUCACCGUCGUCCUCUUCUUCCCCGACUUCUUCCUCAUCUUCCUCUCCAUCCUCCCCCGGAUCGAGCUUGUCGGAGAGCCCCGAGGCGGCCGGAGUUAGCACCACAGCAACAUUGGGACCUGGGGCAGCAGGACCUGGGCCAGGGGUCCCAGCAGUGAGCGGGGCCCUCCGGGAACUGUUGGAGGCCUGUCGCAAUGGGGACGUGUCCCGGGUAAAGAGGCUGGUGGACGCGGCAAACGUGAAUGCUAAGGACAUGGCCGGCCGGAAGUCUUCUCCCCUGCACUUCGCUGCAGGUUUUGGAAGGAAGGAUGUCGUAGAACACUUACUGCAGAUGGGUGCUAAUGUCCAUGCUCGUGAUGAUGGCGGUCUCAUCCCGCUUCAUAAUGCCUGUUCUUUUGGCCAUGCUGAGGUUGUGAGUCUGUUACUGUGCCAAGGAGCUGAUCCAAAUGCCAGGGAUAACUGGAACUAUACCCCUCUGCAUGAAGCUGCUAUUAAAGGAAAGAUCGAUGUAUGUAUUGUGCUGCUGCAGCACGGAGCUGAUCCAAACAUUCGGAACACUGAUGGGAAAUCAGCCCUGGACCUGGCGGAUCCUUCAGCAAAAGCUGUCCUUACAGGUGAAUACAAGAAAGACGAACUCCUAGAAGCUGCUAGGAGUGGUAAUGAAGAAAAACUAAUGGCUUUACUGACUCCUCUAAAUGUGAAUUGCCAUGCAAGUGAUGGGCGAAAGUCAACUCCUUUACAUCUAGCAGCGGGCUACAACCGAGUUCGGAUCGUUCAGCUUCUUCUCCAGCAUGGUGCUGACGUGCAUGCAAAAGACAAAGGUGGACUUGUUCCUCUCCAUAAUGCAUGUUCAUAUGGGCAUUACGAAGUCACAGAACUGCUACUAAAGCAUGGAGCUUGUGUUAAUGCUAUGGAUCUCUGGCAGUUUACCCCACUCCAUGAGGCUGCUUCCAAGAAUCGUGUAGAGGUCUGCUCUUUGUUACUUAGUCAUGGUGCCGAUCCCACUUUAGUCAACUGCCAUGGCAAAAGUGCCGUGGAUAUGGCUCCAACGCCUGAGCUCCGGGAAAGAUUGACUUAUGAAUUUAAAGGUCAUUCUUUACUACAAGCAGCCAGAGAAGCAGACCUAGCGAAAGUUAAAAAAACACUUGCUUUGGAAAUCAUUAAUUUCAAACAACCACAGUCUCAUGAAACUGCACUGCACUGUGCUGUGGCCUCCCUGCAUCCCAAACGCAAACAAGUGACAGAAUUGUUACUUAGAAAAGGAGCAAAUGUUAAUGAAAAAAAUAAAGAUUUCAUGACGCCCCUGCACGUUGCAGCAGAAAGGGCCCACAAUGAUGUCAUGGAAGUUCUACAUAAACAUGGAGCAAAGAUGAAUGCACUGGACACCCUUGGUCAGACUGCUUUGCAUAGAGCUGCCCUUGCCGGUCACCUGCAGACCUGCCGCCUGCUACUGAGUUACGGCUCUGAUCCCUCCAUCAUCUCUUUACAAGGCUUUACAGCAGCACAGAUGGGGAACGAAGCAGUGCAGCAGAUUCUGAGUGAAAGUACACCUAUACGCACUUCUGAUGUUGACUAUCGGCUCUUAGAAGCAUCUAAAGCCGGAGACUUGGAAACUGUGAAGCAACUUUGCAGCCCUCAGAAUGUGAAUUGCAGAGAUUUAGAGGGCCGGCAUUCUACACCCCUACACUUUGCGGCAGGCUAUAACCGUGUGUCUGUCGUGGAGUACCUCCUACACCAUGGUGCCGAUGUCCAUGCCAAAGACAAAGGUGGCUUGGUGCCUCUUCAUAAUGCUUGUUCAUAUGGACACUAUGAAGUAGCUGAGCUCUUGGUAAGGCAUGGGGCUUCUGUCAAUGUGGCAGACUUAUGGAAAUUUACCCCUCUACAUGAAGCAGCAGCUAAAGGAAAAUAUGAAAUCUGCAAGCUCCUUUUAAAACAUGGAGCAGAUCCGACUAAAAAGAACAGAGAUGGAAAUACACCUUUAGAUUUGGUAAAAGAAGGAGACACAGAUAUUCAGGACUUACUGAGAGGAGAUGCUGCUUUGUUGGAUGCUGCCAAGAAGGGCUGCCUGGCAAGAGUGCAGAAGCUCUGUACCCCAGAGAAUAUCAACUGCCGAGACACCCAAGGCAGGAACUCAACCCCUCUGCACUUGGCAGCAGGCUACAAUAACCUGGAAGUAGCUGAAUAUCUUCUAGAGCACGGAGCAGAUGUUAAUGCCCAAGACAAAGGUGGUUUAAUUCCUCUUCACAAUGCAGCAUCCUAUGGGCAUGUGGACAUUGCAGCGUUGCUGAUAAAAUACAACACAUGUGUAAAUGCAACAGACAAGUGGGCAUUUACUCCUCUUCACGAAGCAGCCCAAAAAGGCAGGACACAGCUCUGUGCCCUACUCCUGGCACAUGGUGCAGAUCCAACUAUGAAGAACCAAGAAGGCCAGACACCUUUAGAUCUGGCAACGGCUGACGAUAUCAGAGCUUUGCUGAUAGAUGCCAUGCCCCCAGAGGCCUUACCUACCUGUUUUAAACCUCAGGCUACUGUAGUGAGUGCCUCUCUGAUCUCACCAGCAUCCACCCCCUCCUGCCUGUCUGCUGCUAGCAGCAUAGACAACCUCGCCGGCCCCUUAGCAGAAUUGGCAGUAGGAGGAGCGUCUAACGCUGGGGAUGGCGCAGCAGGCACAGAAAGGAAGGAAGGAGAAGUUGCUGGUCUUGACAUGAAUAUUAGCCAAUUCCUGAAAAGCCUUGGUCUUGAACACCUUCGGGACAUCUUUGAAACAGAACAGAUUACACUAGAUGUGUUGGCCGAUAUGGGCCAUGAAGAGUUGAAAGAAAUAGGCAUCAACGCAUACGGACACCGCCAUAAAUUAAUCAAGGGAGUAGAAAGACUCUUAGGUGGACAGCAAGGCACCAAUCCUUAUUUGACUUUUCACUGUGUUAAUCAGGGAACUAUUUUGCUGGAUCUUGCUCCAGAAGAUAAAGAAUAUCAGUCAGUAGAAGAAGAGAUGCAAAGUACAAUUCGCGAACACAGAGAUGGUGGUAAUGCUGGUGGCAUCUUCAACAGAUACAAUGUCAUUCGAAUUCAGAAAGUUGUCAACAAGAAGUUGAGAGAGCGAUUCUGUCACAGACAGAAGGAAGUGUCUGAGGAGAAUCACAACCACCAUAACGAGCGCAUGUUAUUUCACGGUUCUCCUUUCAUUAAUGCCAUUAUUCAUAAAGGGUUUGAUGAGCGACAUGCAUAUAUAGGAGGAAUGUUUGGUGCCGGGAUUUAUUUUGCUGAAAACUCUUCUAAAAGCAACCAGUACGUUUACGGAAUUGGGGGAGGAACAGGCUGCCCUACGCACAAAGACCGGUCGUGUUACAUAUGUCACAGACAAAUGCUUUUCUGUAGAGUGACCCUUGGCAAGUCCUUUCUGCAGUUCAGCACCAUGAAAAUGGCUCACGCUCCCCCAGGCCAUCACUCUGUCAUUGGGAGGCCGAGUGUGAAUGGGCUGGCCUAUGCUGAAUAUGUCAUCUACAGAGGAGAGCAGGCAUACCCAGAGUAUCUCAUCACCUACCAGAUCAUGAAGCCGGAAGCUCCUUCACAGACCACGGCAGCUGCAGAGCAGAAGACCUAGUGAAUGCCCACUGGUAAAGGCCAGAUUGGAUUUAAACCUGGGACUGGAUGACAGUGGAUUGUUUUCAACAAAAUCAAUAUUCUAUAAAUCCCUGACAGCCUAGAAAUAAGCUGUUUGUCUUUUAUAAAGCAUUGCGAUAGUGAUGAAUAUAGUAUGAGUAACUGAUACAUACUCAACUGCUACUGUUCCCUUUGAGGAAAUGUUUACAGGGGCGGCCUUUUAACAUAUCUCAGGCUCAUUUUCAUUGUAGUUAUCCAUUGUUAAGACAGGAUUGCUUCAAUCUAGACUUGGAAAAAAAGAAAACAUAACCAGUACUUUCCCAGAUGUUCACAGUUCGCACACUACAUUUGCUUCGCUGCAUAUGGCACGUGUAUAUAGUAAAUGUACACAUACGCCAGGUUCAUUUCUCGUUCUUUCUGAACAUUCAUCGUUCAUUUUUUGUUGCUAUCGUUGUUGUUGUUACUUUGAAAAUGAGCCGAGCCUUCUUGAGGAUAUUUUGCACAAAGUCACACUGACUAAAAUCACUAGUGAUGUAACCCAAGCUUCUGGCUGAGCAAGGCUUAGUUUCCACUUUUUUUUUUUUUCCACUGAUUUAUUUUGUAUCUGUACUUCUUAUCAACGUAAACUGAGAUGGAAAGGAAAAGCACCACGUUUCAGUUUCCUUCUAUUGAUUGGCCAGUCUUACAAGGGAAAGGCACAAACAUCAACCUGAUUUAGGAGCUCCCAAGUUCAGAGCAGUCAAAGCCAACGAGAGCCACUCGCACUUUCCAACUCAGGCCUUCCUCCGACGUGUUCAGGACGGUGCUGGAGGGCCAGGAAGAGCCCAGCCAGCGAGAGGCUUGAGUGAUGCUGUUGUGACGUUCAGAGGGGAGACCGCCAGGGAGGCCCGUGAAUCCAGGAGAAGCAGCAUUACGACACAUGAGGGGCCUGUGGUGCGAUAAUAGGACCACAGAAAAGGACAACGAGGGCUCCUCACAGAAAACACGACUUCUCUCCACUUAACCCGCACCACCAGAAUUGUCGCCCCCAAAAUUAGCUGCCUUAUUUCCAAAUUCAGUGGAAUUAUUGUGCUGCGUUAGAGUCUCAAAACAAUUACUUUAUUGUUUCUCUAGUUUAGAAAGCUGGGAUUCAAAUCCUGUGUAGUCACUAGAUAGGCACAGAUGCAAGAACUUUUUUGUUUACUGCAGAUUUGGGGUUUAUUUUGAGUGAGGUGCUUCCGAUAGUUUGUGUAGGUCCCUGCACUAAAUUUUUGAACCAUUUUCUCAAACUUCUUAGUAGACAAGGAGAACAAAAAUGGAAACCAAAGCUCUUUCAGUUAUUUUUUAAAUGAAAGUGGAGAAAUAACCAUACUGUUUCUUCCUGAAAUCACUACUUUGUUUUGCUUUUUUUCUCAACAUUUGUCAAGUGCACAUUGUUACUUGUAAAAAAUUAUCCAUUACAGUUCUCACGCUUGCCCUUUUCACCUUAACUGAAUAUUGAAUUAAGUGCAUUAACUUACUUACUUUGACAUGCUAUGCGUCUACUCAGCUUCGAAGCAAAAGUAAUAUAAAUGUGAUGGAAAAAAGGAAAAACAGUGUGACGCAAACUUGCCAUUUCAACUUAAAGUCCUGAAAACUAACUUGCUUGUUUGUUCUUUAAUACAGGCUGAUUAAGCUGUGACCUCAUUUAAUCUCCUGAGGAAAAAUAAAAUGGUUACAUGCAAAGAUUCUAGAAUAGGCUCUUAAAAUAUACAUUUUGCUUUCCUUUUGGCUUGAGUCCAAUGCUAGAACUAGACAUCGGGAACUAGUCUCGAGUUUUAUAGCUGAAUCUUGCAUGGGUCCUCAAAAUUAAAUCAAGAAUUAGCCUCAGUUGUUGCUUCUAUUGAAGUUUUAGUGACCCAAGCUGGGUGUUUGUGUCUUGGCUACUUGUUUAAUAGCACUAGAAUUCCACAUGAAGCUCUCAAGUUUGAUACCCAUUGAGGGCUUUUUUCCUCCCUUCCUUCUUUUUUGCUGUGUGUAACAGUGGGUUGAAGGAAUUGGCAUCUGUGUAGUUUUCAGUAGCUGUGAAAGUGUAUAUUACUUGCCUCCCCAAUUAGAUACAGUUUAAAAUGGUAAACACAGCUGUGAUUUUUAGUUACAUAAAAGGGUUAAUAUGGUAUAGAUCCCAAAAUCUUCAUAGCUUCAUUAAAAAGAUAAGCCACUACCCAACUGUGGUUAUAUGUUAUUUCCAUCAUACUAACUAGAUUAACGGAUGUGCCAGUUUUAAACUUCAGCCUUACACUUGAGAAGGUAAACUGUGGUUCAGUAUUUAAACCGCCGAUGUUACGUUUCUGAUGUUCUGUGUGCCAAGUAAAGGUACUGUGUGUAAGGAGGACAUUUGCUGUACUUCUUGUCUCGUAAUGAUUCAAGUAUAUAGUAGUUCUUGAAAGAAUGUGUACAUAUUAUUCAUCUGCUGAAGAGAAUGAGUUCAUUGAUGUCUCACAGGAGCCAAAUACAUUUUUUCAAAACUUGAAAACCAAAGGUCAUCAUGAGUGCAUUCAAGUUAGCAAAAGUUGAUUGCGUUUGGAAUUUCCACCCAUAGCAGUGUGAAAAACCCUUUGGAACUCAAAAGCAUGGCUUUAAGUUAGGCUAAAAUGCACUUAAUUUCUUGUAUACACACUGUAUAGAAACACUAGCAAGUGAGGACUUCCAGUGUGGCCUCCCCUGAGUGGCCCCUCUGUUUCCCAAACCAUAUAGAAGAGAGAAUCCAGACGCCUGCACCGGUUCCACCACAGGUCUGACAUCAAAGGGCUUCUAGACCUGAUGGCCCAGUUUGCUAGCUAUUGGCAUCAGUUAAGUGCUCUGGACUGGACACUUUCUCCUUGUACUUGGCCUCCUUCCCUUUUCCCCAGAUUGCUAGUCUGGAAUUAUAAUUAGCUCCAGCAAUUACCUUUGACCCCUCUCAUUUUCCUCCUUUCUCCAUCUUGAGUCUUGCAUAUGGCGACCGUACCUCUGUAUCCACUUCGCAACUAGAACUGGGUAUUAAGCCUCAUGUGCUCCGCUCAGAAGAUUCUGCCACUUUGUCAACAAAUGACAGCAUGGAACCCAGAGUUUUAAUUCUAUGCAAAAUAAUAGCAGUACAACCAGGAUUCUUCCUUACCUUUUCCUUCUUGGAAUUUGGAAUCUCUAGCUUUUCGGUAACAUAAGUAGAAUAAACAGUAUUAGGAUGUUUUUGUGAAAUGGCACCCUUGUGCUCGUUUGAACUUGAUGUUAGUGGCUACAGUAAUUUCCCUUUGCUCUCAAAAUAGCGAAGUGCAUUGAUAUAUGCAGAGAAAUGCCUGAAUGUGGCAAAUAAAGUAAUAUAGAUGAAUAUUCUAUUAUUAUAGCCUUUGUACAAAAAAAUAAACUUUUGGUGUAUGCUGGAAGACAGCAUUAGAAUACAAUGAGUUGUCUAUGUUUUUCUCUAUUUCAGUAAGUCUCCCACCUGCACAAAGGUUAUUGGCCACUGCUUACCCUCCCUUUUUUUUUUUUUUAACAUGUUUAUUGGAGUAUAAUUGCUUUACAAUGUUGUAUUAGUUUCUGCUUUAUAACAAAGUGAAUCAGCUAUACAUAUACAUAUAUCCCCAUAUCCCCUCCCUCUUACGUCUCCCUCCCACCCUCUCUAUCCCACCCCUCUAGGUGGUCACACAGCACCGAGCUGAUCUCCCUGUGCUAUGCGGCUGCUUCCCACUAGCUAUCUAUUUUACGUUUGGUAGUGUAUAUAUGUCCAUGCCUCUCUCUCACUUCAUCCCAGCUUGCCCUCCCUUUUAAAACGUGUGCACCUUCUGGAUUUCUGUAAUUGCUUUCAAACAGAGAUGGUAUGUAUUUUUAAGCACCUUUCCCCCAGUGUGUCCAGAUCCCAUUUGUACGAUAAUCUGUGAUAAACAGCCUUUUUUCUGUGUUUUCUGUUGGGCAGUUAUCUUGCAUAGAGCUAUAGAUUUUAGUCAUUCAGGCAACACUCAAAACUGACAUAAAGAUAGGGUUUCAUGUGUCAGAAAUUUACUUAAAGACUGAAGCUAAACUUCUUUGUUGUCAAAUCAGUGACAGAGAAAUGAAAAGACAGUGAUUGUGAAGAUAAUAUUUGCGCUUUGGCUGGACACGUCUAGCACAUGAAAAGGAAAUGCAUUUAAAAAAAAAAAAAAACCACCCUAAAAA